CUCACUGGCUUCAGAACUGAGAACAUGGAAACACUUUGGAUUUUGGGGGUCCUGCUGUCUAUCUGCAGCCUCUCCUUUAGUCAAGAAUGUAAUCAACAGCUUCAGGAGGAUGUAGAUUUCCCUGGAACAGACAUCAAAUUCGUCUUCUCUCCUGAUGCCAACCACUGUCAGCAGCUUUGCACCCAGCACCCCUCCUGUCUCUACUUUACCUUUAUUCGUGCUGACUGGACCAAAGACAACAGGCACUUCUACUGCUACUUCAAGAAGAGUUCCUCUGGACAGCCCAAUGUGCGGACUCCACUGCAGGGUGUCACCUCUGGAUUUUCUCUCAAACCCUGCAGCUCAGAACCACAGCCUUGUCUGCCUCAGCUGUACCAUAACGUGGACUUUUUCGGGGCAGACUACCAAACCUUGUUCACAGCCGACUACGAUGAGUGUCAGAGAGCCUGCACACGGGACCCUGCCUGUCAGUUCUUUACUUUUAUUAAUGGGGUCUUCACACCAGAGAGGAUCAGGUACAAGUGCCACCUUAAAUUCAGCUGGUCAGCACCAAUAACUUCUAUUGUUGAAAGGAAAACUGGUGUAGUAUCUGGAUUCUCCCACAAUACAGAAAUAACUCAAGAAGUGAAACCAGCAUGUGAAGGAAAGCUUUUUCCAAGCACUGACAUCCCAGGAAAUGACGUUGUGGUUCUUCCUGCUGCCUCUCCUGAACACUGUCAGACUCUGUGCUCUGCUCAUCCAGUCUGCACCUUCUUCUCUUUUGUCAGUGACAAAUUUAAUUGUCAUCUGAAGAACAACAAAAAUGAAAUGGUUCCCAAAACCAAAGAAGGAGUCACAUCUGGAUUACCAGCACGCUUCUGUCAGCUGGAUAACAGCUGGGUGAAGGCAACUUUUGAAGGAGUAGAUUUCGGAGGUAAUGACAUUCGCUAUGAGCUGAUGGACGAUGCAGACACUUGUCAGAGGACCUGUAGUGAUGAACCUACAUGCCAGUUCUACACCUAUGUCAAUACAAACUUCUUCAACAGUGAUUACAGGCGCCGCUGCUACCUCAAGCGUGCCAUCACCAUGCCUGCUCCUCCUAAAGUUACCAAACUGGCCAAUGUUGUAUCAGGCUUCCAACUGAGGAACUGCGUGAAUAGUGCUCCACACACAGAUGUUCUUACUUAGUUCUUUAUUAUGGACACUUGAUCUGUUGGUGGUUCCUAACAUCAUUUGAUUGCUGUUCAAGCUGCAGAUGAUUCUUUUUGUGUGUAAACAAGAACAAUAAAACAGAUCAAUGUGGGCCGUCAGGGCCUGCAAGGCCUUCUCUGCUGGC